GGCUCCUCCCGCCAGUCCAUCCAGAAGUACGUGAAGAGCCACUACAAGGUGGGCCAGCACGCCGAUGCCCAGAUCAAGCUCUCCAUUCGGCGCCUGCUCGCCGCUGGCAUCCUCAAGCAGACCAAAGGGGUCGGCGCCUCCGGCUCUUUCCGCCUGGCCAAGGCCGACAAGGCGAAGAAGUCCCCGGCCAGGAAGAGGAAGAAGGCGGCCAGGAAAUCCACGUCGCCCCGGAAAGCCGCUAAGCCCAGGAAAGCCAAGUCGCCGGCAAAGAAGCCCAAAUCUGCCGCCAGGAAAGCCAGGAAGAAGCCAAGGGCCAGCCCAAAGAAAGCCAAGACGACAAAGACUUUUAAGGUCAAGUCGCUGAAGGCAUCCAAGCCCAAGAAGGCAAAGCGGUCAAAACCCAGAGCCAAGUCCAGCACCCGGAAAUCACCCAAGAAGAAGUGA